AUGAUACAUAGAAACCCUCCCAUAAUCGCGGAAUCCCCCGUCCUCGACGGUUACAACUCCGCGGCAUGCUCCGUCUUCGAAUUUCCUCUGCCCCCUCCGCCCGGCCCGCCCAAACUACGGCACCAAGAGUCGCUCGUCGCGAUAUCCAGUCGCGCCCUGUUGCCCGGAAAGCGCCAAGGUCGGAGGACGCUGGGAGUCGACUGGGACGCCGCGUCGGACUGGUCGUGGGACGCGGAGAGCUGCAUUAGCGCGAAGCCGGGGAGGACGCUGCGGAACAAAGCAUCGAAUAACACGCUGUCCCUUCCUCCCCAGGCAGUCAGCGACAAUGCGCCGUCCAACUCGGGCCGCUAUCGCAUAACGUGUCCCGCCCCGCCGGCGUUCGUGCAGAGUCAGGCGCUCGCCCCUGUCGUGUCAGAGCAGGCCCGACGAACUGCCCCUUCGCGAACGGGGCAGGCAUUCCUAUUUGCUUCGUCUUCGAUGCCAGAGAAGACCCUCGGAGACAGAACAAGCUUCCUCCAGCUAGACGACGACUCCCCUCCACUAGACUACAACCCACCCCUCUUCACCGCUAGACCCAGACCUAUCAUCCCCUCCGCCAGACUAGCCCCCUCCUCGUCCAUGCCCGAGAUGAAGGGCGGCGUGCUCGCGGGCGUCGACGACGUCUUCCGCGCCGACGACAUGCCUAAGAGCCAGCUGCGUCCGAACCGGCGCACGAUGAUGCCGGUCGACCCGGAGAAUAGGUGCUCCGCCUUCGACCGGCUCGAAGCGAGCAUCGCGCAGCUGAGGAUGCACGCGCCCUCCCCCAGUCCGCUCGGCGCUGAAGAGCCUGCAAGCGCUCCCGAACCUCAGCAGAGGCGCCGCAAGCCGGCGGACCGCCACACCUACUCGCCAGCUACUGCAUUAUCCCAGAAUAAGCCACCCCCACCUCCAGCGCAACCCCGCACCCCCCGCACUCCCGACGCGGAGGCCAUGAGCCGAGCGCACAAGUCGCGCUGGCGGGACGCGCCCCUGCCGGUUGUGCCUCCUCAUUUCGGGAGCAUGCUCAAGUGCACCGACGGCCCCGGCUCCGGGCGUCGUCCCGACAUGCGCAGCAACCCAGCGUCCCCGAGUCCUCUGGCGCACGCACCUUGGUCCAUUCCGCAGACGCUCCUCCCGUCUCCCCAGCUGCCGGCACCCCGGCACCCCCGUGCUAGCAAUGCAGGGCCUGGCAAGCCUAGGAUGCUGCAGAGGCAGGCUCCGCCGCACAUACAAACGCCCUCGGUGCCUCCUGUCCUGACGUCUUUCAUGAACAUGUCGCCGGAGCAGCGCAUCCCCUCGGAGAAGGCCAACCAGGAGCGCUCGGCGAAGGUGAAGAAGCUCCUGCGGAAGGCGAGCGUUAUCGGUUGGUGGAAGAAGAAGGGGAAGGAUAAGACGAAGGAAGCUGUAUAG